AUGGCGGGGAAAGAGGCCAGCUACAUUCCGUGGGCACAGAAGGCCUUUCUCAGGACAGGUCUGUACUCAUUCAGGGAGACAGCCAUCAGGAAGGCCUACCGCAAGCUGGCGCUCAAGUGGCACCCGGACAAAAACCCCGAGAACAAGGAGGAGGCGGAGAGGAGAUUCAAGCAAGUGGCCCAGGCCUACGAGGUGCUGUCAGACGCCAAGAAGAGGGACGUCUACGACCGAUGCGGCGAGGCCGGGGUGGAGGGCGGCGGCGGCGGCGGCGGCGGCAGACCCUUCGAGGACCCCUUCGGGGACGUCUUCACCUUCCGCGACCCAGCCGACGUCUUCAGGGAGUUCUUCGGCGGCCGGGACCCAUUUUCAUUUGAUUUCUUUGGAGACUCGCUUGAGAACAUUUUGGUGUCGGCGGAGCUCCCGGGGAAGCAGAUGCAGAGGAUCCGCACCCCUUUCCUCCACCUUCAGUGGAUUUCCAACAUUUGGAGGUAGUUUUUCUUCUUUUGAUACAGGAUUUACUUCCUUUGGUUCCGUGGGGAGCAGGGGCGUUUCUUCCUUCUCCAUGUCUUGUGGUAGUGGUGGGACGGGCAACUUCAAAUCCGUGUCGACUUCCACCGAAAU